AUGUCACGUCAUGGGGAGGGUUCUUCCACUGGAAAGCUAGGAGCUGCGAAGGAUUUAUCAAGCGAGCAUGUCUUAAGUGUCGCGCGUCGCGACGGAUGCGUGUGUGGGGCGCAGCACCCCGUGGGGCGCGUCGGUGGUUGGGGCGGGGUGUAUCGAUCUUCGCGGGGCGCUUGCGCCGCGGCUCGUGCGGGCGGCGGUGGGCCUCGCGACUACUCGCAGUGUCACCCGCGCAGUCCGCAGCUGGCCGCCAGGCGAGCGACUGCUUCCGCGACUGUCCGCCCUCAUCACACCGCAACGUUUGACAUUUCAGACGCAGCGCGCGACAAUAUUACAACCUCAAACCGUUUGUCUUCUCACAAGGAAUUGCUUUACUGC